GAGGCUUGCCACGGCCUUUGCGAUUGGCCGCUCAUACCUCAUGACAAUGAUCUGUAUGACCUGGUCAGAACUAAUCAAUACGUCGAAGCACUGCUUCUACUCAAGGAAGACGGAAGUCCUAUCCUGUUGAACCAUCUGCGAGGAGCGAGCCCCCGAGAAGAGUAA